CCAGAGACAGUCCAGUGCAGUGCGCCGGGGUCGUUGAGCGGAGUGAACAGAGUGAAGGGAGUGAACCACGGAGUGAACCACGGAGUGACGGCUUGGCUUACAUUGGCACGGCCCGACCCAGCCCUCCGUUGGCUGGAAUAACGACAUGGCCGCGACCGCCAGGCCUGCCUGGGUCGGGGUGCUGCUGCUGCUCGUGGCCGCGAGUCAGGCCGCCUCCGAGGUGGCCAAGGAUGCCAAGGAGCCCGAGCUGAUCACCGAGCCGCGGCCCGGCCAGGAGUACGUCCUCGUCACCAGCCGGAACACCACCGGGCCGACCGCCGCGACCGCCGCCGCGCCCAAACACGACGCCGUCCCCGCCGGCAGCCUCCCUCCGUCCCACAACUUCAAGACGUCGCACCAGAUCCCCGUGCCGGUGGUGCGCAAGGCGCUGGGCGGCUCCAAGCCCGGCUCCAAGCCCCACAAGGCCCUGCUCGACCCGCGCGACGACGCCUCGGAUGGCUUUGCCACGUCGCACAAGAUCACCCGAGAGGCGCGCGCGGAGGAGCGGCCGGCACGCCGCCUGGACGACAAGUACGAGGAGCAGGUCGACACCCCGGCGCCGCCCCAGCAGCACCCCGGACCCAAGCUGCUGCGCCUGCUGGGCGGCUCGGCGGCCGACGGCCACCUGCCCCUCGUGCAGCUCAACCCCGCCAUCCUGCCCGGUGUCGCGGGCGUGGAGAUCCGACCGGAGGGCCACUCCGGGUUCCGCGGUGUCGCCCUGCCCGCCGACGACGGCGAGAAGAAGAUGAUGAACCGCAAGGCGGCCGCCACCAGCGCUGAGGACGGCACCCAGUCCGCCACACUGCCCGCGGGACUGCUGCCGGAGCCCGCCGGCACCGCCAAGCCCGUCAAGGCCCGCCAGGGAGGACGCAAGAAGGUGACCGCCCGCCCCGUCGGAGGACCCAAGGUGGAGUCCAACGCCAACCGCGGAGUGCUGCUGGGCACCUCCACCGUGACCGAGGUCUCUGUUCGCCUGGACGGCGAGGACUCGACGCACACCGUCCAGGGCCUGCAGCGCCGCGCUGACAUGGCGGACCUGGAGCCGCUCACCACCACGGAGCAGCCCCCGACCGCCACGCCUUCGUCCGCGGCCGCCACCACCACGGAGCAGGAGCAGAGCGGCUUCGUGUACGUGCCCGUCAACCUGCCCAGCUCCAGCCUCCCCAAGGCCGGCGCCGAGGGCAUCACCGGCAAGCAGCGCCUGCAGCAGGACGACGGCAGCUUCGACUUCGUGGACUCGCCCCUCGGCGACAAGGUGCUCGUGCCCGCCGGGUCCGCGCCGUCGCAGUCCUCGCGCGUCAACGUCAAGAAGGGCCCCAACGGCCAGGACUACGAGUACGAGUACGUGUACUACUACUACGACGAGGACGAGGACGAGAAGGCCACGGCGUCGCCCAACGGCAACGCGGGCAGCAACUCGGUGUACACGCCGCCGCUCGUGUCCCAGACGCCGCUCAAGACCGCCCCCGCCGAGGCCGCCGCCCCUGCCCCGGCCUCCAGGCCCAACUACAGCAGCCCGCCGAGGUUCUUCAACCCCACCGACGCCCCGGCACUCGCGCCCUCGCCGCAGCCAGAGCUGACCCGCACCGAGGUGGUCGAGGACUUCGACCAGGACGACGAGGAGCCCCAGCGGCCCGCGCCGCCUGCCCCCUCCAGGAACAGGUACACCAGCAUCGAACGCACCACGCCGGAACCCACGAGCAACGAAGUGCUGCCCCCGCAAAACGCCGUCCGCUCCAGGGGCCGCGCCGAACAGGCCGCCAGCCAGCCCGCCGCCAUCCCCGAGGAGGUCACCACCCUGCCGCCGCCCACGGACACGCCCAUCACGCGCGUGCGCGUGCAGCCUGCGCAAGUUCCCGGAGCCAUCCGCCGGCCCAGCUUGGACCUCGUGGACGCGUCGUCCUUCCGAACGCACCCCAAUGACCAGAACCUGCCGUCGGUGGUGAGCCAAGCCCCCACGGCCCCUCAGGGCCAUGUACCGCACAGGCAGACCUACCACGAGCCGCCCGGCAGGACACCAGCGGCGCUCCCCGAGGAGGAAACCUACACCCCCCAGUCGCAACCCGCCUUCCCCUCCCGCCACCACUUCCACCCCGAGGUACAGCCCCUGUCCCCAGCACAGCCCGCACAGCCCGCCCUGCAAGACACCCCGCAUGUCGCACCGGCCUUCCACCCCGUGGCCCAGGAGGAGGUCGAGGAGGCUGUGGAGGAGGAGUUCCCGGCCCGCAACUUCGUGCCCCAGCGCGGCUUCCAGCCCGUCGCACAAACCGAGGCGCCCGCGGCGACCUUCCAGCCCGCCUUCCAGCCCGUCCAGUACCAGAGCACGCCCGGCCCGCAGGAGCAAGGACCCCCACCCGCCCGCCACCCCACCUACCACGCCACCCCUGCCCGCUUGCCCGAGGAGCAGCCCGCCUUCGUGCAGUUCGACACUGCCGCCCGCCAACCCGUGCCCCGCCCCUUCCCCGCCAGCGCCCCUGCCCAGGACGAAGCUCCUGACCGCUUUACUCCCACCCGACCUGCAGUCCAGGAAACCCCUGUCCUUGGACAGGACGAAGCUCCCGUUCGAAGGCCUGUCAUACCAGGCCGUCGCCCCUUCCACCCUGAGACCCACGCUACUGAAGCUCCCGUCCAGGAGGAGACCCCGGCCCCAGAGCAGCACGAGGCCCCCACACGCCGCCCACUGCUUCGCCGCCCCACGCACCACGAACCCGCCGCGCAGCCCGCGCAGCCCGCACAGCCUCCUCAAGACCAAACUCCUCCCCGUCACCCCACCCAUCAUGCACGCCGCCCCGAGCCUUCUCCCGAGGUAGAGCAAGAACAGGAGGAGACUCCCGCCUCUACACCUGCCCGCCACCCUGCACGCCGCCCCCAGCACUCUCCCGCUGCAGAGCAAGUACAGGAAGAGACUCCCGCCCCUACACCUGCCCGCCACCCUGUGCACUUCACCCGCCGCCCCCAGCCCACCCCCGCUGCCGAACCUAACCAGGAUGAAACUCCUGUCCCUACCCCUGCCCGCCACCCCGCACGUCGCCCCCAGCCCACCCCUGCUGCAGAGCCCGUCCAAGACGAAACUCCUGCCCCCACACCUGCACGCCAUCACACGCACUUCACCCGUCGCCCACAGCCCACUCCCGCCCCCGAGGCAGAACAAGAAGAAACUCCCGCCCCGACACCUGCCCGUCGCCCUGCCCUACCUGCACGCCGCCCCCAGCCCACCCCCGCUGCUGAGCAAGAGCAGGACGAAACUCCUGCCCCCACACCUGCCCGUCAACCCGUGCACUUGACCCGCCGCCCCCAGCCCACCCCCGCCGCGGAACCUGCCCAGGACGAUACACCCCGCCACCCCACACACCCUGCACGUCGCCCUGUGCAUCACGAUGCUCCCGCCGAAGACGCCCACCAGGACGCCCCCGCCCACCAAGACGCCCCAGUCCGCCGCCCCGCCCUCCACGCGGCAUUCCCGUCCCGAAGGCCAGCACAGCCUGUCCAGGACGACGGCGCUGACGAUGUAGAGGAGGAGGCACCCGCCCGCAGACCAGUCCCCGGACGCCGGCCCCCCCCCUCCGCCCCCGCCUUCCCCGCUCGCCUCCCGACCGGCCCCCACAGGUUCCUGGGCGUGACUCCCAAUGAGGACAGGCCCGCCCCCGUCUCAGAGGACGAAGAGGACCUGCCCGCCCCCACCCCCGCCACCAGGACGACGCACACGCCCCCGCGCUCGCGCCUCCGCCCCCAGAUCCCUGGCGCCUUCGCCGCCCCCGAGGCCUCCGAGGCCCCCGAGCAGGAGGAGACCGUGGCCCCCACCGUCACACCCCAGCCUACUCGUUCUCGAGGCCGCGGAUCUAGUCGCAGCACCACCCCGAGACCGACGGUCCGCGCCGAAGAGGAGGAGGAGGAGACCCCGACCAGGGCGACGCGCCCCGCUAUCCGCCGGCCCACCACCACCACCACGACAACGACAACCACCACCACCACGACCACAACCACGCCGCCGCCGCCACCAAGCACUGAGCAGGAGGUGUCCUCCACCACGGAGGUGCCCAGCACUGCCCACACUGACGACACCACAGCGCACACCACCGCGAGCGACAUCGGCGCGCUGGACCUGUACGCCAUCCUGCAGCAGACGCGCGUGGACGCCGCCAACACGGUGGACGCGCACGACGAGGCCGAGGCCACGGUGCCGGCCAGCCCCAGCCCUAGCACCUUCGACCUGCCGUCCUCCAUCUCGGUGUCCAUCGUCACCAGCAGCCCCACCGAGAUCCACGACGCGCCCGCCACGCCCGAGGCCGUCGGCGUGUCCGCCGUGUCCGACGAGGAGGUUUCCGCCGCCACCACCACGCCUGUCCCCACCACCACGACGACCCCCUCCACGACCACCACCACGACCACCACCACGACCACUGAAACACCCACGUCUGCCGCCGUCGCCCCUGGCCGCGGCCGGUACCGCGCGCGCCCUGGUGCCGGUGGAGCAGUGUCUCGUCGACCAGCGCCCGCCACCACCGCCGCCCCCGCCGCCUCCGCCGCCCCCGAACAACGCGCUCCCUCCGGCUUCCGAGGCCGGUACCGCGGCGGCGCGUCCACCACCACGACCACCGAGGCCUCCGCCGCCGCUGGAGCCGCGGAGGGCGAAGAGUCACCCAAGCGCAUGGCGAGGACGCCGCGCACGCCGCGCCGGCGCCGAGGAGGGUAA